AGAGUUGCAGAUUUCAACCUUCUGCUUUCCAUUUCUCUCCCUCUCUCUUUCUGCAAUCACCUCUACCGCCAACCCAUCUCUCUAUCAUUUCCUAUCUCUAUCGUUACAGAUAUCAUUGUAUUAAUUCGUGUACACGUUCAAAAGCUUCUGAAUUGCUAUUGUUAGGGUUUACUGCUGGAAUCCGUCUACCCGAAUUUAGGCUAAUUUGAUUCUUUCACGAAAAGAGUUCAAUUAGCCUUCCAGCUUUUAUUUUGUUUUUCUGUAUCUCUGUGAUAUAUAUAGUUUGUAUCGCCACGAACAAAUAUAUAGGACGCGGUCACGCGGCUAUCAUACAUAUAUUUGGAUUAGUUCAAACAUUAUUAUUAGGUGAUGAUAGAAGGUUUGGGCUUUUGAGGGGCUCUACAAUUAUGUUGGGGGAAGGAAUGCUAUUAAAUAGGAGCCAGAACGGUGAUGAUUGGUUUUACAGUGCCGCGAAGUCUCGCAUGAGCCAAAGUUUCAGCGGUCAUCAGAAUCAUCAAGACGGAGAUCAUAGCCGGGGAGUCGAGAGAGACGUCAGGGUAGGUGCUGUUUCCAUGCCCCAUGUCCGAGCAACAGCGGAUGAGCAGCCGACGGAGAAGAUGGCCAUAAUAGCCGAGCCAGCAAGCGAGGCGUCAUCUGUGUCCAACAUCCAAAGCUUUUUGCAUUGCGUUACUCCUUCAGUCAAGGCGCAGUAUCUUUCCAAGACCACGUUGAGGAAUUGUAAGAUGCGUGAUGAAGGAUUUAAGCCAUAUUUUGUGUUAGGUGAUUUGUGGGAGGCUUUCAAAGAGUGGAGUGCAUAUGGUGCUGGAGUGCCAUUGAUAUUGAAUGAAAAUGAUAGUGUGGUUCAGUACUAUGUUCCCUACUUAUCUGGCAUACAAAUAUAUGCUGACCCUUCAAAGUCUUCAGAGAAACUGAGGCAACCAGGAGAGGAUAGUGAUGGUGGCAAUUUUAGAGAUUCUAGUAGUAGUGGUGGAAGCAGUGAUUCUGAACAGGAUAGAAAUUGCCUAAAUCACUCAAACCGUGAAAACUUUUUUAGGAAUAGCAAGUCGCCAUUAAGAGAUGAAAAUACUAAUUUUCAAGAAGGUUUUUCCAGCGACGAGGGUGAAUCUGUGUGUUCUCAAUGUUACUUGGUGUUCGAGUAUUUUGAGAGGAGUCCUCCACAUGGUCGGGAACCUUUUGCAGAAAAGAUAUCAAACCUUGCUGUUUGCUUUCCUGAGCUGAAAACGCUUAGAAGUUGUGACCUACUUCCAUCAAGCUGGAUUUCUGUAGCCUGGUACCCAAUUUAUCGGAUACCAAUGGGACCUACUCUUAAACCCCUAGAUGCUUGUUUUCUUUCCUAUCAUUAUCUUCAUACAACAGGGACAGGUACCUUUACAUUUGUAUGAAUUGCAUCUUAAAUUUUUGUUCAACGCUCUCUUCCCAACCGUGUUGUGUAGAUAUAUCCCUCCCUAGAUUAUCAGGUCAUUGUCAUUUUUAUCCAUAACUUCCAUUUUCCACUAUUGAGACAUUAUACUAGAUUUUUUGUCACAUGGGCCUUACUGGCCACUAUCUUGUUAAUUUCGUCCCAUACAACUUCGGAAUUUCCAUUCUUUUUCAUCAGAUAAGUGACCCGGAAGGACCAAAAGUGAAAAAACCCUAGUGCUUCAGAAAUGGAAAAAAUGAUAGUUGUGGCCAACAAUUGAGAAGGGACCUAUGGAGUAACACUUAUGUGACCAAAAUGAUGGAGUAUUCUGUUAUGGAUGUGAAAGUUGUUUAUUUUCUUUUUCUUUUCCUUCAUGGAAUCAUUCGUGUGUUUUGUCUCUAAAUUUCUGUACUGCUUUAUAUGCUUUCUUCUUGGAAACAAAAGGUUCAGGUGCUGCAAGUGAGAUGGAUAGUGUCCUCAAUAUUCGCUUACCUGUUUUUGGCCUUGCUUCGUACAAGUUCAUAGCAUCACAAUGGGUACCUGACCAUGAAGACUGUGAAUAUGAGGUGGUCAACUCACUUCUGCAGGCUGCUGGAAAUUGGCUGACAGCACUUCAGGCCAAUCACCCAGAUUUUAGCUUUUUCUGCCGAAAUUGGAGUUAAGUUGGUACCACUCCAUAGUAACCUGAAACAUGUAUUUGCUUGACCCUACAGCUGAUCUGGUUUGGAAGGUGAGAGUGGGGGUGUUCUGGGUUUACGCAUAAUGGUUCCAGACUGUUUAUAAUCAAUCAUAAGAGAAAAUGAAGGAAAAAAACAAUUGUAAAAAAACAUACUCCAAGGCAUGGGUAUGAUUAAUGAGCGAGAGAGAUGCGACCACCCUUGUAGGGUCUGGAGGCGGUGAGCACGACAUAAUAGUUUAAAAGAGCUGGCCUUUUUAAUUUUUAUUCCAGGCUGGAUGAAAUGUGGGACUGAAUGGUACUACAUAUUGCAACUUUGUGGGGGAGUUUUAGCAGAGUUUUUAGUCUGAAUCGAGUUUCCCCUCGUGUAACAUUGACUGGUUUCUUUAACAGUUUAACAUGUUAGCAUGUAGUGUUGUAGAAUGUCAAUUACUUUAUUUCUCGUAUUAUUUAACAGCACAUGUCGGGUUUGUUGUCUUAUUUUCUUGUAUUGCGCUCUUUAGUAUAGGGAAAGUUUGAUAUUCGCACAUCCUGUUUAUUG